CUGUCGAUGACAUAUUCAAAAAGGACAAAAUGUAGCUCUGUUUGUGUUUUGGCGAACAUUAUUGUGAUGGAAAAAUGAACAAAUUCGCAAAUUGGGAAAGAUUAGGCUUGAUUAAUUUUUUUAAUUCAGAAGCAGCAGCUGAUACAGCCAUUCCUGUGGCAAAAAUUGUAUCAAAAAACAUGCUGCAAACUCCGCAAACGAAUUCAGAGGCAAUUGAUGUAAUCUUACUACAUUCGUCAAGUACGGAAAGCAUACUUAAUCGAAAGUCCAUUAGAAAAGGGAAUUUAUUUCGAUAUUUACACAGUAAAAAGCAAUCCGUAACUAGUGAGUUUACAAAACAACUCUUGAUAGAAAAGAUUCUUCAGUAUUGGAAGCAGCUAUAUUACUUAUCCGAUGAUGAUGAUGAUGGUACCGUAAAUACCAAAAAUGAACUCCCUCAAGAUGUUCAGGUGCCCGCAAGUAAUCACAACAGUAUUGCAACGAAUGACCACCAUCCCGAGCAUUUUCCAAUCAAUCAAAUGGCUCGAACAUUUGCCACUUGGUUCUAUGAAAAUUUAAACUCAAAUCGAUUGCAAGCCAAUGACUUUUUUUGUGAUUGCAAGUGUACGGUACGAUUUUUGGAAAAUCAACAAAUUCUUAUGGAAGAGGAGCAUUUGAGCGCCCAAAACGUGUUGGAAUUUUGUCAAUCGCUGUUGUCUAAGUACAAUUUAUACUUGAAUUUAAAUAUCAGUCACUCAGGAACACAGGGACGAAUUGACUGUCAUGGUUUGGUGUUGGUACUGACUUGCGGUUCAUUACACAAAGUUGAUCAAUUUGUUGGAACAUUUGAGGCAAUUUUUGGAUUGAGCCGUGAUCCGUUUAGUCAAAACAAUUGGAAAAUAAAUCAACUCAAUUUACGUUUGCACAACUUCAACACACAACAAUCGCAAAAUACAUCGUUAUCGAUCGAACAGCCAACGUUAAUCACGAGCAAUGCUAUUGUGCCGCUACUUAGUUUAUCAAUGCCAAAAGGAGAUGAUGAAAUCGGAUAAUUUUAUGCAACAAUUUUCUUUAGAUUUUAGUUUGACGCAAAUAAAAUUUAUUAAACCAA